GGUGCUGUUCACUACAAAUAAUGAUUAAUAACAAUUAAUAAUGUGAACGUACUAAUGAUAAUAAUUAUUACUGAGAGCGCCUGUCAGACCCAGUGAGCAUUCCCGGCUGGUGCCGGGAUCUCCUCAGAGAGUCCAGCCUCCCCGUGUCAAUGCCGUUCCUUGUUCUUGUCUUAUCUCCGCCCCGACUGAGCCUCCGCUGACCCCGGGGAUAGAGAUGAAGCUCUGGAUGCAACGAGUUCAUGGAUUUGCAGAAGCUGAGACUAGUCAAAGGCUUGUCCACCCACUUAACGCCAGUCCUGAAGAUGCCAGCCCUAAUGCCCUCUAAUCCACAAAGCUUAAUCCGUGCCUUAAACCUGCCUCUCCUGCUCAGAUCAGCAGUUUGUGCAGUGCCGGGAAGAAGACUGAAGAGGAAAACAACACAAAGACCUUCCCUGUGAUUUCCUCCUUGGCUUCCUGUGGAAAUGGGGAACAGUAAGAGCGGAGCGCUGUCCAAGGAGCUCCUGGAAGACCUCAAACUGAACACCAAAUACACAGAGCAGGAGCUGAGCGCCUGGUACCAGUCCUUCCUGAAGGAAUGCCCGACCGGUCGGGUCACCGAGGCCCAAUUCCAGAAGAUCUACUCCAGUUUCUUCCCAGACGCUGACCCCAAGGCUUACGCCCAACAUGUCUUCAGAAGUUUCGACGCCAACAGCGACGGGACCUUGGACUUCAAGGAGUUUAUCAUAGCCCUGCACCUCACGUCUUCGGGCAAAACCAUCCACAAACUGGAGUGGGCGUUCUCUCUCUACGAUGUGGACGGCAACGGCACCAUCAACAAAAGCGAAGUGCUGCAAAUUGUCACGGCAAUAUUUAAAAUGAUCAAUUCAGAAGACCAGAAGAGCUUGGCAGAAGAUGAGAAUACACCUGAGAAAAGGACUGAUAAAAUCUGGGAAUACUUUGGAAAGAAAGAAAACGAUAAACUCUCAGAAGGUGAAUUUAUUCAGGGCACCAUGGAAAACAACGAAAUUCUCAGACUGAUUCAAUUCGAGCCCCAGAAAGUGAAAGAGCAACUAAAGAAAAGGAACCAGUAAAUCGUCGCUCGCUCGGGAGGGAAAACGCACUUAAAAAAAAAGACUGUUUGGAGCAGCACUGUUUACAAACGACAUUUCUGCACAGAGGUAGAGUUAGAACACAUUUAAUUCAUCCACAUGUCGCAUUGCGCCUCACCUUAACAUUAAUACACACACACAUUUACACACAAAGCAAGUUGUAUCCCCCAGUGAAUGUGAUUAGGUUUCCACAUAAUUCUCACCUUGUGCUUAAAGUCCCUUAAUCCUUAAAGUCACCUCACCGAAAUCAUUUACUGAAACCCACACAAUUACUUUGAUGGAAGGUAAGAUUCUGAAAUAAAUUACUUUGCAUCGUUA